AUGCCCAACAAUCCAUCUUCUUCUUCCUCCUCUCAACAAUGUGCGAUGAAUUUAACCACAAACAUGAACUCCACCUUGCAUGGUGGAAGUUACAAUAGCACUUGUCAUGGUAUUUCAUCCAGUACUCUCUCCUCGCAGUGGUCACUGCCAAUGAAAACAGAGAUAUCCAACAGCAUUCCUCCAACCAAUACAGAGGUCUCAUCGUUUCAAUCAAUGACACAAACCAUUCCCCAUCAAGGAGGGAUAUCGCUAUCACAACAUCAAGACAAUCCUUUUGUGGUGACAAGUGGCAACACGAAUCAACAUCAUCAACACUUGAUGGAACAAAAAUCCAGUCACUCCAAUUUGAUGCAUCAACAACAAAAUAAUUAUCCCUCGUCGUCUUUGUCGGCAAAUAUCCAAAACAACACGAACCCUACUAUGGCGAGUAGCAAUAACAAUAGUUCGUCAAGUUUGUUGGAUAUGAUGUUACAACGUCAACGAAUGAUGCUUUCAAAUACAAGUCAAACAAAUUACCACAACCACAUGCACAAAUGUAAGAUGCUGAGUGCUACCAAUUUAGCUGACAAGAAUCCUGGUUUAUACAACAACAACAACAUGAAUGAUUCUAACGAAAUAACCUCGUCGUGGAAUAAUGUCAAUUACAUGAACUCGAGUAGCGGCAUGCAUCAUCAAAUGAUUAAUGUUAAUCCAAACAAUGCAAACAACAACACAUCUAGUCAGAAGUCUAAGAGCAAUACCAACAACAAACCACUUCAAUUCCAUGUUCAUCACCUCUCGAAUGUGGCAACAUCAAACUCUCCAAGUUCAAUCAAUGACAAUAAUGCAAUGACAAAUACCAUGCACAAUAAUUUGGGUACUGUAACCAAUUUGGUUCAUUCAACCUCGUACUCAUCGGGAUCGUCCUCUUCGUCAUCUUUGUUGUCUCUCAUGACAAGUGACAGCGCACAUGGAGGUGUUGAUAUAGCCAAUCAACAAGCGGCGUCUCUACCAACAAAUGUCAUCAUGACCUCCCACGUACCUUCAUCAUCGAAUCAAUCAUCACCUCAUCAACAACAAUACAUGUAUUCAUCACCUCAGCCAAAUAAUCUUUCGAUCACUCCUAGCAAUCCACAAACGACACAUUCUUCACAACAAAUAUUUUACAGUGGAAUAUUGCCACCAAUCCAUCAAAAUUUGUCUGAAGAUUCAGACAGUUCCGAUGAGUGUGAUGUAAAUUCCAAUCCAGAAGAUGAAUGUGAAUUUCAUCCAAUUGCCUGCGUGCAAUGUCGGCAAUUACACAAAAAGUGUGACAAGCGUUUGCCAUCAUGUUCAAAGUGCGUUUCAAGAGGAGUUGAAUGUACCUAUCGAACUCCAAAGAGAAAUACCACGCAGCCACAACAAAAGAAAAAAAAGAAAAAGAAGAAUCGAUCAAAGGCAUCAAGUUUGUCUCCAUAUAUGCCGAUCAUUCCAAAUCGUGCAAAAUCUAAAAUUGUGGAUAUUUAUUUCACAUGUUUGGCUGGUGAUUUUCCAUUGAUUUCUCGGGAAGAAUUGGAAUAUUAUUUGGAUGACCAAAACUGUCCUCCUGGAACUCCAAAUAAGAGAGAAGUUGAAGUCUUAUUUGCUGUAAUUCGAGCACUUGUUGAACAAAGAUGUGGAACAAUUGAAGAAGCUACUACAGCUAUGCUUGAAGCACGGCAUGCAUUGUCAACUGUGUUUUGUCACCACUCCAAUUUUUAUGUGGCCACUGCUUUUUGUUACAUGUCAUUUGUUGAGUCAUUGAAUCAUGAUUUGAAGACAGCUAAAUUUUUCUUGCAAUGUUGUGAAUUUUAUUUGGAAUGUCUAGCAAGUGAAAACGUCAUGGAUACUCGCGCUCAACUUCUCAAAAAAGCUCAUGCUUAUGCCAAAAUAUCCUCAUGCAACAAUAGAAUUCCAAACGACUAUUCAGGAAAUGUGAUGGACAUGAUUAAGCAAAUUCCACAAAUGUAUACUCUUUCCACAGGACAGACACUUCCUCCCGAAUUUCAUCAUCUCGUUUCACAGGAAAUUACAGAAAACAAUUAUCAAGACAUGUUGGAUGUGAUUGAUACAUUGACUAAAUUAAUGUAUGCACAAACAAGUAACAUCUUGUCCAAAACAGCAGAAUCAAAACCGUUGUCAAAAAUUGAAAUAGUCUACUUGUUUAUUUCCAAUGGAUUGAAAAUUGCAAUUCUCACAAAAGCUGGACAACGAAAAGAUAUCAUUGAGGAUUGUGCUUUGCGAAUUACAUACACCACUUAUACUGAUUUGUAUCCAUUCUGUUCCAUUGAUAUGAUUAGUUAUGUUGCUCUUGCUGCCAGAGUUCACUUUCAUAUUGUUCGUGCUAUUGAAGCAGGUCAACGAAGUGCUUACAAUACUGGAAUUACUUCAUUGGAUGGUAGUACUUUUGGACCAAUUGAUUAUUAUGAUAUUUUGGCUCAUGAUUUGAGAGCAAUUAAUUUAUUGAAGAGACACUUGAAAAAUCCAUCAGCUUAUUAUGAUGGGCUUGUGAAUGAGAUUACACAAACUCUACUCAAGAAAGGCAUUUCAGUGGAUAAUCUGCAAUCGAGUGUACAAUUUUCUGCGUUGGUGGAUACUUUGCAAAGUGAUCUGGAAGCAGUUGCUUUUUCGACAGAUCCUGUCAUGUAG